AUGCGGCCUGUGACACAGCUUCAUCAAGAUAUACGAGACAACUCUACUCAAAUGGAUUUGAUUUAUUCCCCGUCAACAAUCAAGAUAUCUUUGAUAAUUCUUGGGCUUGAAGUUAUCUUUGGAGUUGUAGCCAAUUUAGCUGUAUUUUCCACUCUACGAAGUUACUGCAAUCGAAGCAUGUCAGUUUAUCGAGUGUUGGUUUACAACUUAUGUCUAACAGGCGCAUUAAGCAGUUUGAUAGGGAUUCCCAGUCUCUUUGCAGUUAUAUAUGUUUCGUUCAUUGAACGGACUUCUGUACCAGCUGCCCUUUGCAGAAUGAGGUAUUUUUCUUUGACUUAUUUCUUCUUCACUGACAGUAUGAACAUUUGCUUUUUGAGUUUGGAUCGCAACGACUUUAUUACAAGACCGUUUCGACGAAGGAUAACGAAACGGAAUAUAAAAACUUACAUUGCUGCAAUCUGGGCAAUACCUUUUGUGAUUGGACUUCUCAAUUUUGUGAUAAAAAUCAACACAGAAAAUUGUAUUCUGGUCUCAUCCGCGGAAGGUCCUUACUCCGAACCUAUGGUAGUCUUGCUCUCAGUUAUCCUGGUACUAACCUGCAGUUUUGUGGUGACAAACAACUGGUCCUCGGUAAGAUCGAUGAGAAACCUGGCUAGAAGUCUCAACACAUCUAAGAAAAACCACGUUCGUUCAGAAAAGAAGAUGAUUAUUUUGACAGUGAAAAUUAUUUCUGUCUAUUUGGUUACCGUAGCUCCAGCGACUCUAUGGUCAUUUGGCUUGCGCGCUGGAGGUGUCAAAAACUGUGUAUUAUGCAACGAUGUACGAAUCUAUUUACAGUUGUUACUUCUUGUUAAAUACCUUGCUAAUCCUUUCAUUUUCGUGGGUUCGAUAUGGAAGAAAAAAAAUUCUGUAGGCCAAACAAAUCUUGUGCGAAAAAAUGGAUUCAGAGGUCAAACAGUCUUGGAGGUUAGAAAAUCAAGAAAAAGACCCAUACGAGGAAAACCGCGGGAGUUUCUUGGAGAAGCCUCAUCUUAUGGAGAUAUCCACCAGCUUAGCACAAGUCGACGAGUGGUAACAAUUUAUGAGGAUAAUGAAGAGAGGCACAUUGAAUCUGAAAACGAUCAAGUAGCAUACCACGUGAACCGGGGAACACAAACUAACUUGGAAGUGCUUAACACCUGUCCAAAAAGGAGGCAUACGGGCAACACAGACAAUUCCUUGCCUAACAUAUUGGUUCACUCCUUUAGCAGACAUUAA